UGGCAGCUUCUUUACUUAUACCGUUUAUGACGUCCAAUACGGAAAUGUGCAGCUCAUAACUCGACUUAGGGAGGGGCUGUUAAUCAAGUCAAUGGGAGAAUUUGGUUAUCAAAUGAACGAAUCAAGCGAGGCAGACACGAUUGAUCUGAGUUUUAUGAGCAGAACUGACUUUAGUAAUAGCGAUGUGGAACGUGUUUUACUGGAAUCGGAGGAGAGUAUUCUAAACUCGAUCGAACCAAUCUCUGAUUGCCAUGACUCAUCCGCAUUUUUAAGUCCUAUGAAUGAUAUUUUAGGCGAUCUAAAUGAAUUUGGGAAAAGUUUUUAUUCAGACCAAUCAGGGUCGUCCCAGCAACAGCAGUCUCAGCAGCUUAGUAGGCCUGCUAUUAGUUGUUCUUGGCUCGGGCAAAGAGAGGCGAGUUUUAUCAAUCUUCCCAUGCCCACUCCAUACGCAAAUGCAAACCAGGAUAUCAAACUUCGUCCAUCUUUGGAAUCAGUAAGUAUUUAUGACAUGGAGACUCAACCAGAACAUUCUGCUUUGAUGACCGAAAAUGGAGUUGAAUUCACUACAUCUGAUUGCACAUACAUUGGACCGGAAUAUCCUUCAAAUUUGAAUCAGUGGCUUUUCAAUUCAGAACAGCAACAGCAGCAAGUGGCCUACAUGUCCCCCUCCAUUCAAAGCAUAAGCCGUAUGUCUGGUAUGGCACCUCUCCCUAUUAAUGCCGCAAAUCAAAUGAAUUCAAAUUAUUCAGCGCAUUUCCCUAAUACAGUGCAAUUCUACGGAUCUUCUUCGAUUGCCUCACCAUCGAUUCCAAUGGGGGAUAACUUUUUUGCUAGCCAUAGCUCAGCACAUGUUCAAGACGUUCCUACUACGAAAGCCGCGGAAGUUCCCCAUAAAGAUUUAGAAGCUAAACCGGAAUCAAUCGAACAAGUGCAAUGGAAGUUUGGAAGCAAUUUUCAAAUAAGUUCCAAUAAUGUUUUUAAUAACAGUUCAACAUUUGAUGAAGCUGAAGGUCGACCACCUUCGAAUGCUCCAAAGGAUGCAACAAUGCAAAGAAAUUUAUCGGAAGAUCCGCAGCAACACCCAUUGCCAAACGCUUUAGAUAGGAAUGGUAUGCACUGGGGGUCGAUAUUUCCCCGCAACCAGCUGAUUCAGCCACCUGAAAUGGUUGUAAUGCAUCCACUACGUACACGCAAGUUAGUUGCGUCCAAACGCAUUUCGUUCGCCUCAACGACACAAACUAUUACCCAUCAAAAUUCAACUGAUGUGAUUGACUGCUCCCAAGAUAAUCCGGCUAGCCUUGCUAGCAAAGCUGUCCAGCGGGAUGAAAAUGCUGGAAAAGAUAGCGUUGAAAAAGAGUGUGAUCAGACUACACAUCUUUUUGAUGAUUUCUCCAAUUUUAAUUAUAAUCUUACCAACAUACCGAUGAUUAAAGAACGCUCAAGAUCCGAAAAUCGAAGUAAAAAUCGUAGAAAACAAAAAUUACAAAUAAUUCCAGGUUCAGAGAACGUGAUUUUUGAGACACAACACGCUGUUGGUAAUGUUGUAGAAGACUCCGUUCCAAUCCAAGCCGUUGUUGAAGAUCAUGAGAAAGAGAGUAAAAACGAGGGUACACAGGACCCUUACUCAGAAAUGGAAUUACCUGAAUUAGAUGAGAUAUUUCGGCGUAAAAAAAAGCCUGUCGCUGUUGUUGCUGUCGGUAGCAAAAGAAAUUAUCAGAUAACGCCGCCUGUAGCACAGCCUAUUGCUUCGAUUGCAAAGAAAGUUUAUCGAGGCAUUGAUCAAUCACCACGUAAAGAAUUACAAGAAAGUUCAAUUUCAUUUAACGAAAAAAUUUCUGUCCCGAUUGCUAUGCGUAAAGCUCGCUCUCAUUUGGCUAUUAACAAAAGUGUUUGGACAUACAGUACAGACUCGGAUUCAGAAGAAAGUGCCAGGCGCGAUGAUCAAACGCCAGCAGCAAAAUCUUUUAAGUGCACGAAAUGCAAAAAAAUUUUUAAAACCUCUCGAUCCCUAGCAAUACAUACUAAACGUUGUAUUAAUUCUUCACAUAAGGACAAAAGCGACACGUUAUCAAUUGUUUUAGCUGAAAGCCAAUCCAACGGCGAAAGCAAUACGAAUGAGAAUUCGAAAAAGAGUUCUGAUGAGUUGCAAUCUCUAUCAAUAUUAAAUGAGGGUGGACGUUCUCAGUGCAAUAAUUUAUUGCCCAAGAUGGUAAAUUCUCAUGUUCAAGAGUCGCCUAUUAGUAAACAAAAACCAAGGCCCAUAACUCGAUCCCAAACCCGACGAUCGACUGGUCGAUCAAUUUCAAAUACCGGAACAAAACGUUCAAAAUGACUUUUACUAUUUUAACUUAAAUUAUUGUCGUGAAUAUAUGGAGGUAAGAUGCUCCAUAUCCUUUCUUUUUUUUUUGUACAUAUGUGUAUUAAUCCAUCAUUGUGUUUUAUGUGUACUUAUUUAAUUUUAAUUUUCGAGCCACACUAAAUAAUUUAAAUACACAUAAAAAAUUUUACAACUUCAUUUUUAUAUCAUUUAAGUGCACCUCCUAUACUUAACGGUAUUUUAUAUAGUUUCGAAUAUCACAAAUCAUUGAAUUAAUGGGGAUAACUUUGUUAAAAGUUAUAUAAAUACAAAGGCUGUUUUUCAUCUAGUUCAAAUUUAAUUAACUUUAUAUUAUUUAGGUCAAAAAGGCAAAUUUGAUGAUAUCAAAAAAAUUGUGUCUAUGUUUUAUCUAAUUAUUUGUUACAUGUAAUGUGUAUAGCUAUUUAAACUACAUUAAAGGGGCUCGUGUUUCUAUUUUAUUAAAACAA